CUAUAAGGUGUCAGGACGUGGCGGUCUAUUUCUCCAUGGAGGAGUGGGAGUAUGUAGAAGGACACAAGGAUCAGUACAAGGAUCAGGUCAUGAUGGAGGAUCAGCAGCCCCUCACAUCACCAGUCAGAUCCAGUAAGAGAACAGCACCAGAGAGGUGUCCCCAUCCUCUGGAUGAACAGAAUAUGGAGGACAUUACUACAGGGAAAGAUCUCAUCUAUAUUAAUUCUACAGCUAUAAAGGAAGAAGAAGAGACAGAUGUGAGCGGUGAUGAGCAGUAUAAGGAGAACAUUCCUACAGGGAAAGAUCUGAUUUAUAUUAAUGUUACAGACAUAAAGGAAGAACAAGAGACAUAUGUAAGCAGUGAUGAGCAGUAUAAGGAGGACAUUUCUACAGGGAAAGAUCUUAUCUAUAUUUAUGCUACAGACAUAAAGAAAGAAGAAGAGACAGAUGUGAGCGGUGAUGAGCAGUAUAAGGAGGACAUUCCUACAGGGAAACAUCUGAGCUCUAUUAAUGCUACAGACCUAAAGGAAGAAGAAGAGACAGAUGUAAGCAGUGAUGAACAGUAUAAGGAGGGCAUUUCUACAGGGAGAGAUCUGCUCUAUAUUAAUGCUACAGACAUAAAGAAAGAAGAAGAGACAGAUGUGAGCAGUGAUGAGCAGUAUCAGGAGGGCAUUUCUACAGGUAACUGCACAGAUUCUUGUACCAGGAGAUCAGAGGAGAAUCUUAUAUCUUCAGAUUAUAAAGCAGAUGAUGAUAUCACACAAGAUACAUAUGAAGAACAUUCCAUUAUCCCAGAUACACCCUCAGCCCUUCACAGCCAAGAUCUGUCAUCUCAUCCUUAUAUACAGGUCCUGUCUUCUCAGUCAUCACAGGAUGUUAAGGAAAAGAAAGGUCACAGAAGGGGUGUUGGACAACAACGAGCUCAUACAGGAAAGAAACCAUAUUCAUGCUCAGAAUGUGGGAAAUGUUUUACUAAGAAAUCAUAUCUUGUUCAACAUCAAAGAACUCACACAGGAGAGAAGCCAUUUUCAUGUUCAGAAUGUGGGAAAUGUUUUACUGACAAAUCAUAUCUUGUUCAACAUCAAAGAACUCACACAGGGGAGAAGCCAUUUUCAUGUCCAGAAUGUGGGAAAUGUUUUCCUUUUAAAUCGGGUCUUGUUGUACAUCAAAAAACUCACACAGGAGAGAAGCCAUUUUCAUGUCCAGAAUGUGGGAAAUGUUUUCCUUUUAAAUCAAAUCUAAUGCAACAUCAAAGAACUCACACAGGAGAGAAGCCAUUUUCAUGUGCAGAAUGUGGGAAAUGUUUUUCUGAUCAAUCAAGUCUUAUUCAACAUCAAAGAACUCACACAGGAGAGAAGCCAUUUUCAUGUGCAGAAUGUGGGAAAUGUUUUACUUAUAAAUCAAGUCUUGUUAAUCAUCAAAGAACUCACACAGGAGAGAAGAAGUUUUCAUGUUCAGAAUGUGGGAAACGUUUUGCUCAGAAAUCAGAUCUUUUUAGACAUCAAAGAACUCACACAGGGGAGAAGCCAUUUUCAUGUGCAGAAUGUGGGAAAUGUUUUACUGAUAAAUCAACUCUUAUUCAACAUGAAAGAACUCACACAGGGGAGAAGCCAUUUUCAUGUGCAGAAUGUGGGAAAUGUUUUACUGAUAAAUCAAGUCUUAUUCAACAUCAAAGAACUCACACAGGGGAGAAGCCAUUUUCAUGUGCAGAAUGUGGGAAAUGUUAUACUGUGAAAUCAAAUCUUGUUCAACAUCAAAUAACUCACACAGGGGAGAAGCCAUUUUCAUGUUCUAAAUGUGGGAAAUGUUUUACUCAGCAAUCAGAUCUUGUUAAACAUAAAAGAACUCACACAGGAAAGAAACCAUAUUCAUGCUCAGAAUGUGGGAAAUGUGUUACUUCUAAAUCAAAUCUUGUUAAACAUCAGAGAAUACACACAGGGGAGAAGCCAUUUUCAUGCUCAGAAUGUAGAAAAUGUUUUACUCAGCAAUCACAUCUUGUUACACAUCGAAGAACUCAUACAGGGGAGAAGCCAUUUUCAUGUGCAGAAUGUGGGAAAUGUUUUACUCAGCAAUCAGAGCGUAUUAAACAUCAAAGAACUCACACAGGGGAGAAGCCAUUUUCAUGUUCAGAGUGUGGGAAAUGUUUUACUCAGCAAUCAGCUCUUGUUAAACAUCAAAGAACUCACACAGGGGAAAAGCCAUUUUCAUGUGCAGAGUGUGGGAAAUGUUUUGCUCAGCAAUCAGAUGUUGUUAAACAUCAAAGAACUCACACAGGGGAGAAGCCAAUUUCAUGUUCAGAAUGUGGGAAAUGUUUUACUGAUAAAUCAAGUCUUGUUAGACAUCUAAGAAUUCACACAGGGGAGAAGCCAAUUCAGAGCAAUAAAUGAUGCAGAUAACACAUCUAUAUAUUAUCCAUGUACAUAGGAUAUCUGACAUUUAUACAUAUAUCAUAUACUGCAUCUCCAAACUUGUUACCAAUUGUUAAGAAAAGUUUUCUUUCUUAUAUGAUUUAUUAUUCUUAUAUUCAUCUCCGCACACUGGACUUAUAAUAAAUGUAAUAUUGUCCCUGACGUUGUAUAUAGGGAAUGUAACGCGUCAGUGUUGUCCCCGCCCCCUUCUCAUUAUGAUUAUAGAGACUUUAAUUCAAGGCAUCAGACAGGAUCCGCGCGUCUCCCUUGAAGAUCGUCUCUUCUGAACAUAAGAUGCUGUAAAACACAAUAAACAGGUCAUAAUAGCAAGGUCAUAAAUUACUUUGAUAUCAACCUCUUCACUAGCAUCAAAUACCGGCAUAAAUAGGACAGAGCAUACAACCACCCAUGUGCACCGACAACACAAGACCAAUAAGCUGACACACAAACAAACAGACAAGCAGAACAAAAUAUAACAAUACAACACACGAAAAGGGGGAAGAGGGGAGGGGGCCACGAAAGACAAAGAAAAGGAAAAGAUAGAAGACCUGCAGACACAUGUGAAACCCCAGGAAGCUCACUCCAGACCAGCUGAAAGACGAAGAGGACCAAGGGUAUUAGUAAGGGACGCCAGGGAGUACCAUUCAGUGUGACGGAAAGGUAACACUAUGGCAUCAAUUGGGUUGUGGUAUAGUGAGCGGACAGGAAAGUACACCACUUUGCAAAGAAUUUCCUCGCAUUGUGUUCUCUGUGUCUUUCUGUAUCCAGUCUGUCCACCUAAAAGAAAGUCUUAAUUUCUACCACAUGGGCUAUGACCGGCAUGGGAGUCUUUAUCCA